CUGCUGCUGCUGCUGCUGCUGCUGCUGCUGCUACGCUACCCUUUUGCCAGUCGAGGACGCGCGAACGCGUAAAGGCGAGGAGGACCCCCUAGGAGCAGCAGCAGCAGCUAGUAAACAACAAACACAACAAGCUGCACUCACCUUCCCCCCCCUCCCGUCGGUCGUUGAUCGUUAUUCCUCUUUCAUCCCUCUGAACAACUAUACUUGCGACCCUGUACACAGCGUUGUCCAGCAACAUCCUUGACACUACACCAUUGACCGUGAAUAGCCAGGUCUUCUCCCUCCUUUUGUAUGACAUCGCCAUCAAUUCAUCCUAAUCGACAACAUGGCCAACGUUAGUCCGCGGAAAACACCCAGGCGGGAAAGGGAAAAGCAGUAUGUCGGCUUCAAUGCAGAGCCGCAAAACAUAGGGACGCGGACAGGCAAAGCGAUGCCAGAGAAUGUCAAGCUGUUGGCCAACGGAUUCGAGGACCCUGACGAGUUUCUCAAUGCAUCCUCGUCACCUCGUGCCGAGACCGAGAUGGACAUCGACUCGGUUAGAACCGUCAACGCAAGAGCAGGCUUCAUCAGCGGUCGCUCCUCUGUUGCCUCUCGAAGAACGGUUAGGACCGAGAUUACCUCUCGAAGCGUUGUCGGCUCUGUGAACGGUCAUGGGAGAAAGAGCCUGACUGGAUUGGCAGAAGAGAACGUACGGGAUGAUGACGAAGAGGAAGAGGAGGAGAUGAGAGGUCACGUGGUCGAUAGCCUGCUGGACGAUACGCUCUCUGGCAAGGGCAAAGGGAAGCAGACGGAUAACGGACAGAUGAGCCAGAGUCUCGAAGACAUGGAACUCAGUACCAUCGAGGAUACGCCAACUAAAAGACGUAACGGUCCCCAUCGACCCCGACCCUCGGCUUCGCCUGCCAGUGGCUCAUCGCGACCGAUACUAUCGCAAUUGGCGGAACGCGGCCUCGAUGAUAUCAGGCUUCCAGUCAACGGUCUCAACGGCGAUGACUCGGGCAACGCAUUCGACGACGACGAUGAGGACAACGAUGGUGACGUGGCGGAGAGCCCAUCCGUCCGUGCAGCCAAGACUGGCAAUGCCAAACGAAUGAACGCUUCAAAACGGAUAUUUACAGCGAAAAGCAAGCGACUUUCCAAGGCGAAUGGAGAGCUCAGUGCGCUCAGUAGGCGAGCUCCGAAUGGCAGCAACGGAAUCGGAUCGCGGCCAUCAGACAGGGACGAUACCGCCGCUCCCCAGGCGGGGCCUUCGAGACGCACGGGCGACUCCGAGCGCGACGGAGAGCAACGGCAGGACGUUCAAGAAGAAGACGCAGAGGCCGGUGGGCUGGAUGCGGAUGAUGAAGCUCCAGCGGCAGACGAUCAGGUUCUCGACGACGAGAAUGCUGAUGGCGUCGAUCCGGGUUUCGGGAUGGACGACUUUGGCGAUGAACAAGCGGGCCUGGAUGCAGACCCACAGCAGAUAUCAUCGCGCCGAUCAUCAACUCGGGCUGCAGCUGCAAAAUCGCGUGAAAAGACCGCCGCUACGGCCAAGGGCAAAGGGAGAAAGGCUCAGGUGUCUCCGGAGCGGAACAGCGCCGACGAGUUUGAUGGAGUGCCUGAGGCAGAAGCAGUCCCCAUCAAAGCCAAAACUGCAGCGAAAAAGCCAGCCGCUCGUCCGAAGCCCGCUGCAAAGGCCAAGAAGGUUACCAAAGCCAACCAAACCAAAGCUCUUGCGCGGGAGACUUCGGCAGAGCCAAGACCGCGAAGCAAGAGCCACGCCCAAAUCGCAACUGCACAGCUGGAGCAGGUGGAUGAAGCUGCCCGCACGAGAGGAAGGCUGAGGUCGGCCGCUGAGAGACACAAGCCCCUGAGACAUUGGCUAGGAGAGAAGCCGGUGCUGAAGCGAAGCGUCAUCACAGACACUGGUGAUGCCAACAACGUGGUGCCGGAAGUUCAGGGCUGGCUCAUCAAGCAGCAACCCGUACAGUCUCUAGUCAACAAGAGGGCGGGCGUCAAGCGCAAGAGGGCUGGCUCGAACAGCGUGCCUCCACGUACAGCGAAUAAGCGCCGCGCAGCUGGUGAGGAAGAAGAAGAUGAGUACGCGGGUUGGGAAGACGAGACGGAGGCCAGUGCGAUCGUUGCGCAGUACUCGCCUGGAGGUUCCACGGAACAGGAGCAUGUUCGACGUAUCGCUUGCACCAAAGCGAUGGUUCGCGUCAAGGCCAUCAAGAACGCAAACUUCGGUUAUCAAAAAAUCUUUGGAGAAGAGGAGUUCUUUGCGGCUGGAGUGCUGCAUAUCCCUGUCAAAGCCGAAAAGGCUUCUAAGAACUCUCGUGACAACGCUUACGCUUUCCACGUUUUCAAGGGAUGCGUAAAAGUAUCCAUCCAUCGGCACCAGUUCAUCAUUGCGGAAGGCGGUCAAUUCAUGAUCCCCAGAGGAAACUUUUAUGCCAUCGAGAACGUCUGCGAUAAGACGGUCGAGAUCUUCUUCUCCCAGGCCAGAAGACUCAAGCAAUCAGAAAUCGAAGCGGCAGACCAGAAGGGCGCCGAAAGUCAAUCAGAGGAUGGACAGGGUAUGGACCAGGAUGACGGCUCUGGAUCGGAAGAUGCCAACAAUUGAUCCGAGGGCGAGACCCUCCGCAUGGCACGGCCUCUGUUCUUUCUUUCUAUUUCUCAACGAAUAUUUUCCCCGACUAAUUCUUCCCCUCUCACCUUUCGAAUUUGUUCUUUACUUUUAAACUUCGUGAACGUCUGUCUCUUGCGAGCUUGAUCGAUUUCAGCCAUUCGUCUUUGUAUACGCCUUAGGAGCGAUUUUCUUAUUACCAUUUCUGCUGGUGCUUAGCUGCUUAUACAUGUCGCGUGUUGUUGCCGGGCCAUCUGCUCUCGACGGUUCCGAGAUUCGCCCGCCC